AUGACUGCUGUCAAAAAAGUCCUCGCAAUGCGACAGUUGGAUUCGAUGUUUGGUAGCCUGACCCUUGAGGGUGAAGGAAGACAUUCCCCAAUUGUGAGCUCAACUAUCGAGUAUGAUCCGCACUGCGACGUGCACGGCCGUUGCAGCACUCCGUACAGGUCGUCCCUUUACCUUCACAGCCGCGAGUCCACACCAGGAUAUUUUAGAGAAUCGGUCUCCCCAUCAAAUGGUCUUAUUAUCAGGCGCCGCGAUUCACUGGGUAUUUCGCGGUCACCGGCGCGUGAGCUAGAGCAUCCAUCAACGUUUCCCAGCAUACUAAGACGUGACCGGCAUAGCCCUUCACAUACGCCACCACGCCGGGACACGCCGAGUCCAACCCUGCGUUUCUCCAGCAAACGCCAUUCAAUGGGCUCCUUCCCCAACCUUUCCCGUUGCAACGCAGUCAAUUACAACAGGCGGGACUCCCUGUCCGGCAAUAGCAUUAGGGAUAUGAAGCGCGACUACGUUAGUUCGACUAAUUCAUUGUCAAGAAAAAGCUCUAUCGACACGAAGAAGUCCUCCUCGGACUCGCUGGAUAACUGGCACAUUACGUGGGAUACUAAUAUAAGGCACGGCUCCGUUUCAUCGCUAACGCACGAUGACAGGCACACAACCGGACUCAGUAAGAGCGCUUGUCCGUUCGACCUGUGCCGCCUUAAAUGGACACGCAACCGACGACUCGCCCCCUUCCCCCACGAC